AUGAGCUUAUUAGUGUCAAAUGCUCGUUCUUUGCUUUCAAAUUGCUUGAAACCACAAAAAAUAACAAAUAAUCCAAUAUUAAUACCCACAAUUAAAAGAUAUUUUGGUAAUACAAAUCAUUUCAAAGUUGAUCAAAGUAAAAAUAGUUUGAAAAGUUAUGAAUACACUUCAGUACUGCUAGAAAAGAAUUUAGUUCAUAGAAAUCAUUUAAAUCCAACAGAAGCCACUGUUUUAAGAUGUACGGUGUUUGAUGCUGAAGGUAAAUUAGAAGCAUUAUCAACAGAUGUUAAAAGAGCUGAUUUAAUAUCAAACCAUGGAUUAUUUCCAAGAGAUUUGAGGAAAAUUGAAAAAAUUGGAUAUAAUACUGAGAUUGCACCAUCAAUAUCUGUUAGAAAAGAUUCUAUUGUUAUUACAUUAUUACAUAUUAGAGCUUUAAUUAAAGCAGAUACAGUUAUUAUAUUUGAUGAUUUAGGUUCAAGAAAUUCACAUGCUCAAACUCAAUUCAUUAAUGAUUUGGAAAAUAAAUUAAAAGCUAAGAAUGUUGGAUUACCUUAUGAAAUUAGAGCUUUAGAAGCUGUUAUGGUAUCUGCAAUGACAAAUCUUGAUGCAGAAAUGAAAGUUCAAACUACUGUAACAAAGGGAAUAUUAAAUGAAUUAGAAGAUGAUAUUACAAGAGAAAAACUUCGAUAUUUAUUAAUUCAAAAUAAAAAAAUUUCAACAUUUUCACAAAGAGCUACAUUAGUAAGAGAUGUUAUUGAUGAAAUUUUAGAUAAUGAUGAUGAUCUUGCUGGUAUGUAUUUAACUGAAAAAUUAAAAGGUACACCAAGAAAUGUUGAUGAUCAUGCUGAAGUGGAAAUGUUAUUAGAAUCUUAUUAUAUGCAUUGUGAUGAAAUUGUUCAAACAAUAAAUAGUACAAUAUCAAAUGUUCGAACAACUGAGGAAAUUAUAAAUAUUAUUUUAGAUUCUAAUAGAAAUCAACUUAUGUUAUUAGGACUUCGAUUUUCUAUUGGAUUAUUAAGUAUGGGUGCUGGAUUAUUUGUCGCAGCUGCAUAUGGUAUGAAUUUAGAAAAUUUCAUAGAAGAAGAUGAUUAUGGAUUUGGAUUAAUUGUGGGAAUUUCCAUGGUUUCCAUUGUGAUAUUAUUUGCAUAUAGUCUUAAGAAUCUAAAUAAAUUACAAAAAAUCACAAUUGGAGACCAUUAUAGGCAGAAGAUUAAAGAUCAGUUAUUUUAA